AUGUCUGAUGAUGAAGAGGGCUGCGUGAUCGCGUCUCCGCUCACUGAGAGACAAACCUCCGUCACAUGUUCCAGUAGCAAACAGACUCCGAAAUGCUGUCAGAUUCUAGUUCCUGUCAAUAUUCUGGGUAAAACCGUUGACAUCGGAGUUGGGUGUUUUCUUAUUAAUAUUCUAAAUGUUUGCACUGGGCUGAAUGGAGGAGACAGCGGUGGCGGUGGUGGUGAAAGCACUGGUGGUGGAGGAUAA